CCCGCUCGCUGCCGGCCGCGAGGGGCCGGGCCGGGCUCGGGCCCCGCCGGCCGCCCGCGGAAGAUGUGGGCGCAGGUGUGGGGGUUCCUGUACAACAGCUUCCUUCGGCUCUGGCUGAAGUGGGUCCUGCGGCUGCUGACCGGCAAGUGCGAGCUGCAGCGCCUCCUGGGCGGCGCGGAGGCGGGCGCGCUGCGCACGCUGAGCGUAGAACAUUCACUGGAAGCAUCAAAAAAUAAGGUUUUAAGAAAUGCUGUACAUGUUGAAGAAACUGAAGUGGAGAAGUGUGUCAAAGACAUAAUGAAAGAAAAGAGGAUUGAACAGAAGGACACAAGGUUUAAGACAAAUUUGCAUAUAUCCUUGCUACAGAUAUCAGGUUAUAAAAAACUGUAUUUGAAUGUGGAAAACCUAAGGAAGGUCCCAUAUGAUUCAGAAAAUGAAGAACACGAGGAACAGUUAAUUGAGCUCUGGAAUUUGCUGAUGCCUCACGAGAACCUGAAGGCCAGAAUCAGUAAACAGUGGUGUGACAUUGGCUUCCAAGGCGAAGAUCCCAAAACAGACUUCAGAGGAAUGGGGCUGCUGGGCUUAGUGAAUCUGGUGUAUUUUAGUAAGCAUUACACCAAUGAAGCUCGUCAGAUCCUUUCUCGGUCAAAUCACCCAAAGCUGGGAUACUCCUAUGCCAUAGUUGGGAUCAAUCUGACAGAAAUGGCAUACAGUUUGCUCAAGAAUGGUACUUUAAAGGGUCAUCUCUACAACAUGGUCUCUGGGUUGCCACAGAUGGAGCACUUCCAUCAGUUUUACUGUUAUCUAGUUUAUGAGUUUGACAAGUUCUGGUUUGAAGAGGAACCAGAAAGCAUUAUGCACUUCAACCAGUACAGAGAGAAGUUCCACGAAAAAAUUAAGGGACUUCUGCUGGAUUACAGUGUGGUACUGACCUUACAAGAUACAAAGAAACCUUAAUUCCUCUGCAGUAUAUGAGGUGCUGUAUUAAAAAUUGAGUGAUGCAUUUGGAUGGAAAUUCUGUGUGUUUCACCAAAAACUGUCUAAAAAUAGGACUUUUUUUUAAUUAAAAAAAAAAAAAGAAAAUUAGCAAAAUUCAGUUAAGAAAGCUUGGACAAUCAACCUCUGUUUACAGGUAUUUUUAUGCUAUUCUCCAAAGGGCAGCUUUUUGAAAAAGAAGUGAAACAAAACCCAACCAACAAACCAACACAAAAAGCAACCCACAAAUCUCAAGAACCUCUGGAUUGUUGUUUUGCAUUUUCUUUUCUAUUUCUUGGUGCAGAAACAUGAAGCAUGUAUUUAUGCUGCACCAUAUUUUCUGUGAAUGGGUUUGACUGUUAAUGGUCUUUUAAAAGACAGUUUAAAUUCAACUUUUGAAAUUUGAAUUUAAAUUACAACCUUUUAAUGUAAUGGUUGAAGUUCAGAUUUUAGUUGAAAUUAUUGUGGGUUUAGAUUUUUUGUGUUCUUAUUCCUUUAUAUGUCAUUGAUAGUUCAGUCAACAAUGUUAAAUUUCUUUGUUAUUAAGAGGUCCUCAAAAGGAAUGUAUUAUUUGGUUAUAAUUUUGGAAAAGAGGCUUAAUCCAUCAGCAUAUUGUACUUAAUUGUAUUCUAGUACUUACUAGAAAUUGCUUCUAGAAAGGAAGUUUAUGGAUUUGUACCAGACAGUUCCUAUGCUUGGAACAAGUUCAGUUUGCAAACAAACAAAAAGAACCAUGUGUCAUCAGCAUGCGGAUAAGAUCCUCAGGCUAAAGCUACUCUUUCUGAAAGUAUUCCUAUUGUAAAAACUUCUGAUUCUUUUUAAUCUGACUUCACAUGAUGAGGAUGAUUGACUCAGAAUCUGUUGUCAGCCCUUUCCUUUAGCAGCUAAAGGGGUAUUCUUAGUGGGAGGUACAAGAGAUUUACUUUAGCCUUUUUAUAAAUUUAUAAAAAAACCCUUUAUUGCAGCUGCAAUCCUUAUUUUGUAAAAAUAACUUCACAUCUGAGUACAAGUCUAAAAAAAUGUAUUUUCCUUGGAAGGGAUGCAACUCUGAUGUGUUCCUUAGUCUUGCCAUCCUCAGACAAUCUAAUAGAUAGAACUUCAUGUCUAUAUUGUGACUAAUUAUUGCUUAGAGCAACUUUAAAUGGAUUUGGUAUGACCAUCACUUUGUUUUCUAAAACCUUCUAUUAAAUAAGUGCCUUCUGCUGUUUUCAA